AUGUCGAAUCUUGUGACUGCAUGGAAUACUGCUAAUCGAACAAGCUCUUUCAUUAUUCCUUUCAAUGCGUCUUAUAUCACAACUACAAUAUUCGGCGACGGACCCGCGACGACAUAUACCGUUUCACCGCAAGGAACUUCACCAAUUGUUACAGUGAUCGUGAGGUCCCCGCAAACGACUAUAACAUCGAUUAUUCCCUCGUUGACGGCCGCUCGAACCCGAACUUUGACACCAGAUAAUCCAGGAGAUUUUACGACUGUCAUUGUUGAGCAGCCCGAGUAUACAACAGUGGAUCAGACGAUUGGUCAGACGGUGGAUCGAACAGUGGAUUGGACAGUAGACCGGACAGUAGAUCGAACAGAGAGCGUCGGAUAUUUCGUCACGAGAACACUGUCAAACGGCGAAACGACUGUGAUCCAGGAUACACCAGGAUACGUAACAGUAACCCGUUUGACAAACGCAAGAUAUCCGAUCACAAGGACGUUACGGCCAGAGAGACCAGGCGACCCGACAACGAUUCUCGUUGAGCAGCCAAGCGACACGGCCUUUGUCUCCGGACCAGGAAUCACGACUGUCACAUGGACCAAAGACGUUCUGGUCCCUUUUACCUGGACUCGCCAGCCAAACAAGGCAGGCGACCCAACAACCGUCAUUAUUGAGCAACCGGCGGAUUCUACCUUUGUCACUCCACCGGGUCGUGUCACUAUCACCCAAACGAAAGAUGUUCAGGUUCCUGUCACGCGUACUUUGCAGCCAGACCGCCCAGGGGAGGCAAGUACAGUGAUUGUUGAAGUUCCGGUGUCAAAUACGCCGUACACGACAAUUAUCCGCACCGGCACUGUUACUGCCCCAGUGACAUCUACCCUACCUCCCAGCGAUCCGGAUGGAACCGGCACGGUGAUUAUCGUGGUACCAUCAGACCCUCCCAUGUACGCGACCGUCACCCGCGUUGGAACAGGGACAGCAACUGUCACCUCGACGCAGGAGCCUGGGAGAUCUGGUGAGCCCGGUAUAGUCUUCAUUGACGUGCCCCCCAAGGGCGGACGUUUCAAUACUGUCACCCACUAUGGCACUGGGACGAGCACGACAACAUAUACACAGCCACCAAACAGCCCUGGAGGAACCGGCACAGUGGUAGUGGAAAUACCCCAGUCUGGUGCAGAAUACGAGACUAUCACCAAACCCGGGACCGGUAGUGUACCUGUUACGCGUACAAUCCCUCCAGGUGGUCCAGGGCAGACGGGAAUUGUGAUAGUCGAAGAGCCCCCCACUGAUGCAUAUGCGACCAUGACAAAGACCGGCACUGUUACUGCGCCUUUCACACAUACAAUACCUCCUGAUCAUCCCGGCGCGACUGGUACUGUCAUAGUUGAGCUACCUCCGCUUAACACUCGAUUUGUGUAUAGCACUCACUACGGCGACGUGACUAAAGCUACAACCAGCACAGUAUAUCCCGAAGGGGGUGGAGAGACCGGUGUGGUCAUCGUCAAUCUCCCCAAUCCCUUGACUACUAUUAUCAGUGGUGGUGAUGUCGACACCCCAACAACGAUAACUGGAACCGCCGAUCAUCCUGGGGAGACGGCAACAGUCAUUAUUGUGACUCCGAUCAAGUACAGGACAACAACAGUCACUGGAACUGGUUCAGAGACAAUAACCACCACUCAGAGGCCCUCUGAUCCCAAUGAGACCGGGGUGGUUAUUGUUGAGAUACCACCUGGCGCAACACCUUGGACUACUGUCUCGGAUUACUGGACUGGCUCGACGACUCGAACAGUCACUAUUCCACCCUCUGGCCCCGGUGAGACUGGUACUGUCCGUAUUGACUACCCUGAUGAUGUUCAUUACGUCGCCACCAGUGACUAUUGGUCCGGAUCUACCACACGCACCAUCACUGUGCCGCCUACUCGCCCCGGUGAGACAGGCAUUAUUCGCGUCGAAUAUCCCAGUGCUGGUGUACGGUACAUUGACGUUAGUGAUGAGUGGACUGGUACAACGAUUCGGACCGUCACGAUCACUCCUGCUGGUCCGGGACAAACGGGAACGAUUCGUGUCGACAUCCCCUUCAUACGGGUUGUCACCGUUACCCAUGCGGGAACUGGAUCAGAGACGCGAACCUUUACCCAGACACACACUGGCUCGGAACUUACUGAUACUGUUGUCGUGGAGAUUCCUCAAAUUACUUCUUAUGUUACGAGUACCGUUACUGGACCAGACUCUACCACCAGAACAUACACUCAGAUGCCGUCUGGCACGGGUAGGGUAGGCACAGUCAUCGUUGAGAUUCCUCAUGGUGCCACACCUUAUACUACAAUUACGAGAACUGGCACUGGGAGUGUGGCUCGGACGUUUACCCAAGCGCCGGGUGGGUCAGAUGAGACCGGCACAGUCGUGAUCGAAGUUCCACCUCGGUCUGUCCAGUACGUAACGACUACCACCACUGGUACUGGUAGUACCACUCGAACUUUCACUCAGCCGCCUGAUGGUUCGGACGGGACUGGUACAGUAGUCAUUGAGGUUCCCCACCGGCCCACCCAAUAUGUAACGACUACCAUCACUGGCACUGGUAGCAUCACUAGAACCGUGACCCAACCACCUGCUGGGUCAGACGAAACUGGCACAGUAGUGAUUGAGGUUCCACCUGGCUCUACAAGGUAUAUCACUACCACCACCACAGGAACUGGCAGUAUAACCAGAACGAUCACAUAUACACCUGAUGGCCCUGAUGAGACUGGAACUGUUGUGGUUGAAGUCCCGCCUGCUCGAUAUGUUACUGUAACCAGUACCGGCUCUGGGACCAUCACUAGGACUUUCACGCAGACAGCUGCUAACCCAGGUGAGACCGGCACUGUUAUGGUUGAGGUUCCGGGAGCACGAUAUAUAACGGUGACGAGCACGGGCACGGGUACUGGCACUAGGACUUUCACCCAGACCCCAAGUCAACCUGGCCAGACUGGAACUGUCAUCAUCGAGCUACCUCCUGGCGCUACACCGUACACCACGAUCACCAGCACAGGAACGGGUACCACUACGAGCACCAUCACUCAAGGCCCCGGUCUACCAGGUCAGACAGGCACAGUUAUAGUCAUCGUGCCUCCCGCUUAUGUGACUACUACAAGAACUGGCUCAGGAACAGAGACUGGUACCAAGACCAUCACCCAGACUCCUAGUUUCCCUGGUCAGACUGGCACGGUCAUUAUCGAGGUACCUGCCAGCGCCACGCCAUAUGUCACUAUCACAAGGACAGCCACAGGCACCGGGACUCUGGUCGGUACUACAACGAUCACCCAAACCCCGACCCUGCCAGGCCAGACCGGAACCGUGAUCGUUGAGGUGCCCCCCAGUAUCACCCCAUAUAACACCAUCACGCGGACAGCUACAGGCACUGAGGCCGGAACCAGGACUAUCACGCAGACACCGAACCUGCCCGGACAAACUGGAACGAUGAUCAUUGAGGUGCCUCAGAGUAUUACCCCAUAUACCACGAUUACUGUAACAGGCACAAACACGGGGACUACCAUCAAGACUCUCACUCAGACUCCAAUCGUGCCAGGUCAGACCGGGACCGUUAUCAUCGAGGUACCUGCAAGCAUCACGCCUUUCAUCACUAUUACAAGAACAGCCACUGGCACUGAGACGGGAACGAGGACCAUCACUCAGGUUCCGACCAUCGCAGGUCAAACUGGUACCGUGAUUAUUGAGGUCCCUCCGAGUGUCACCCCUUACAUCACAGUCACAAGAACGGCUACAGGUACUGAAACCGGGACAAAGACAACUACUCAGGUUCCAACCCUUGCGGGUCAAACUGGAACUGUUAUCGUUGAAGUACCUGCUAGUAUCACACCUUACGUGACGGUCACAAGAACUGCUACAGAGUCUGGAACUGCAACCAAGACCAUAACUCAAACUCCUGGUCUUCCGGGUCAGACUGGGACUGUCAUUAUCGAACUACCCAUCAGUGCCACGCCUUACAUCACUUUUACCGUUACCGGCACUGGAACAGGUACUACAGCGAAGACUACCACCCAGACUCCUAGCUUCCCUGGCCAAACCGGUACUGUCAUCGUUGAGCUUCCUCCAGGAGUAACACCCUAUGUCACCACCACCUCUUACGGAACGGUCACGAUGGCUUACACCACCACACUAACACCCACUCUCGCAGGACAAACAGGUACAGUAGUAAUCUUCAGACCCCAGCAGUAUGUAACAACAACCCGAUAUGGAAGCGUCUCAGUGUCUACCAUGACAACCAAGAGCCCACUUGAUCCUGGUGAGACCGCCACUGUUAUUGUUGACCUUCCUCAACCGUUCACGACGGUAAUCCGUUAUGGAAGUGUGACAGUCGCAGGUACAACAACGGAGAACCCUCGCAACCCUGGUGAAGUAGGCACAGUGGUCAUCAGCCGACCUCAACCUUUCACGACAAUCACACGCUAUGGAAGCGUCACGGCUGCUUCCACCCUAACACAGAGUAUUCAGAACCCUGGCGAGACAUAUACUGUGAUCGUCAACCUUCCUCAGGCAUUCACGACAACAACUCGUUAUGGAACUAUUCUGACCUCUUCUACAACGACUCAAAGUCCUCAGAAUCCAGGGGAAACAGGCACUGUUAUCGUUGACCUUCCACAAUUAUAUACUACAGUUACAAGUUAUGGGACAGUUUCAGCUCCUUCAACAACAACACAGACUAUUUCGCGCCCGGGUGACACGUAUACCGUCGUUGUCAACCUUCCUCAACCCUUCACCACAACUACGCGCUAUGGAAGCGUGACGGCUGCUUCUACAGUCACACAGAGUAUUCAGAACCCUGGCGAGACGUAUACAGUGGUCGUCAAUCUUCCUCAGCCUUUUACUACAGUCACCCGCUAUGGAAGUGUCACGGCCGCUUCUACAACGACCCAAAGUACCGGGAACCCAGGGUCCACAUACACUGUCUUCGUCGACCUCCCGCAGCCCUAUAACACGGAGACACACUUCGGAAGUGUUGCUGUUGCUACUACCAGGACUCUGGCGCCACCUGUCCCCGGGCAGACUGGUACCAUUGUUGUUGAUCUCCCUCAGCCCUACACUACAAUCUUCCGCUAUGGAAGUGUCUCAGCUGCAGCUACAACUACACUGAGUAUCCAGCGUCCAGGCGAUAUCUGCACGGUGUAUAUCGACCUACCGCAACCUUACAACACGCAGACUCAAUAUGGCAGCGUCACUGUGGCUACGACCAGGGUCUUGAUGCCGACGGUUCCAGGACAAACUGGAACUAUUGUCGUUGAUCUACCCCAGCCUUACACCACGAUCACUCACUACGGGACGUUUACUGCGGCUGUUACUGAGACGCUCACGUUGGUUGCUCCAGGGCAGACGGGUACUGUCGUGGUGAACCUGCCCCAGCCUUACACGACUACCACGCGAUUCGGUAGCGUCUCAUUGGCUACUACGAGAACAGUGACACCAGCUAGUGAAGGGGCGACUGGGACAGUCAUCAUCGACAAUCCGCAGCCAUUUACAACUACCACUCGUUACGGCAGCGUUACGAUCAUCACUACCAUCAUAUUAUCCCCGUCUAUUCCUGGGGAAACCGGCACGAUCAUCAUCGAUUCGCCCCAGCCUUUCACUACGAUCACUCGUUAUGGAGUCGCCUCUGUCAGCGGCAUUACAACACAGACUCCGGCCGUUCCUGGUCAGACUGGCACGGUUAUCGUAGAUCUGCCUCAGCUUUAUGUGACUACGACUCGUUACGGCAUGGUCACGGCUAGCAGCAUCACGACACAGAUCCCUACUACCCAAGGAGAUACAGCUACGGUGUUGAUUGAUCUGCCACAACCUUAUAUAACCACGACUCGCUACGGUAUGGUCACUGCAUCCAGCAUCACAACUCAAACACCUACGGCAGCAGGGGACGUCGCCACCGUGAUCAUAGACCUACCCCAGCCCUACUUUACUACUACUCGAUAUGGCAUGGUGACGAUCAGCAGUAUCACGACCCAAACCCCUGUCACUGCAGGGGACACUGGUACAGUCCUCGUCGAUCUGCCGCAGCCUUACACAACCACCACUCGUUACGGUACCGUCACAGCUCCAAGCAUUACAACAGAGGUACCUGCAAACGCCGGGGACACUGCAACUGUAAUUCUUGAUCUACCUCAGCCUUAUGUGACGACCACUCGUUACGGCAGUGUUACGCUUAGCAGCAUCACAACCCAGAUACCUGCUUCAGCUGGAGACACAGCUACUGUCCUAAUCGACCUUCCUGAGGACUACGUAACUAUCACAAGAUACGGCAGUGUGACAGUCAGUAAAAUCACUACCCAAACACCAGAUACUCCGGGACACACUGGCACAGUGAUCAUCGACCUGCCUCAACCUUAUGUAACCACAACUCGCUACGGCCUUGUUACAGCCAGUAGUGUCACGACUCAACUACCUGCUUCCUUCGGACAGACAGCCACUGUCCUUAUUGAUCUUCCCCAACCUUAUACAACCAUUACGAGAUACGGCAGCGUUACGGUAGCCGAAACAACCACUCAGGAGCCAGCCCUUCCAGGUCAAAGCGGUACUGUGCUUGUAGACCUCCCCCAGCCUUAUGUGACCACGACUAGAUACGGCAGCGUUACAGUCAGCAGCGCCACAACUCAGCUCCCUGAUACAAUUGGCCAAGCAGCUACUGUUAUCAUCGAUCUUCCACAACCCUACACCACUAUAACAAGAUACGGUCAGGAUGGCGUGACGGCAAUUGGGACAACGACUCAAGAGCCGAGUCUUCCAGGCCAAACUGGUACGGUCAUUGUGGACCUCCUCCAGCCUUACAAUACCAUAACCAGAUAUGGAAGUGUAACAGUCAGCGGCGUUACUACCCAAACGCCGACUGCACCUGGGGAUACCGGCACAGUUAUAGUCGACCUCCCUCAACCUUACAUGACUGUCACCCGCUAUGGCAGCGUAACAAUCAGUGAGGUUACUACCCAAACACCAACUGCACCCGGAGAGACCGGUACAGUAAUCAUUGAUCUCCCUCAGCCGUACACGACUAUUACCCACUAUGGGAGUGUUUCGGUUAGUGGUGUCACGACCCAAACGCCUACAGUGCCUGGUGAGACAGGGACAGUUAUUGUCAAUUUCCCCCAACCUUUUGUCACCAUGGCAAGAUACGGAAGAGUCUCAACUAGCAGUAUCACAACCCUCACGCCAUCCAGCGAAGGCGAGACUGCAACCGUUGUCAUAGACCUUCCUCAACCUUACGAGACCACAACAAGGUACGGCAACGUGGCCGUCAGCAGCAUGACUACACUAUUGCCCGUCAGUGACGGUAGUACUGCUACUGUGAUUGUAGACCUGCCCCAACCAUACGACACAACGACACGGUAUGGAAAUGUGGUUGUUAGCAGCAUAACUACCUUGUCCCCUAUCAGCGAUGGUGGCACAGCGACUGUUGUUAUUGAUCUUCCACAGCCAUAUGAGACGACAACACGAUAUGGAAUUGUGGCUAUAAGCAGUAUGACCACCUUUUCGCCAGUCAGUGACGGUGGGAUUGCAACCGUUUUGAUCGAUCUUCCUCAACCUUACGAGACGACGACGCGGUAUGGACUUGUAGCCACCAGCACUAUGACAACCCUGUCUCCUACCAGCAAUGGUCAGGUAGCCACUGUCCUGAUAGACCUUCCACAGCCAUACGAAACAACAACGAGAUAUGGAAACGUUGCUGUUAGUAGCAUCACAACAAUCUCACCCACUAGUGACGGCCAGACGGCAACAGUUAUCAUUGACCUUCCUCAGCCGUAUGAGACGACCACACGCUACGGCAGCGUGACUGUGAGCAGCAUAACCACUAUUCUGCCAACCAGCGAUGGCCAGACAGCGACUGUUAUCAUCGAUCUACCGCAGCCAUACGAAACAACAACCCGGUAUGGAAUCGUCAGUGUGAGUACUGUCACAACAAUUACACCCACCAGUGAUGGUCAGACUGCAACGGUCAUCAUUGAUCUCCCACAACCGUAUGAGACGAUCACACGAUACGGUAGCGUUUCUGUCAGUAGCAUUACGACUAUCUCGCCUACAAGCGACGGUCAGACUGCGACGGUUAUUUUUGAUCUCCCACAACCUAUAAACGCUGCUACAACAGUGACAACAGUUCCAGCAUCGGGAACUACACCUGCAACUGUCAUCGUGGAGACUCCCGUACCGCCUCCGGCCUUUGCUUGUGAUGAAGGUGGCUACUUGAUCCAACUGAGAACGCUUUACAGGCUUAACCUCGUGACCGGUGAAAAUGUACAAGUCGGUACCAACAUUGGCCCAGGCGGUAUCAUCAACCCUAUUGGUUACAAUAUCAAGGAUGACUUGAUCUACGGUAUCGUCCAGAUCGAAAAUGGCGCCAGGAGUCAAGUUAUUCGCCUGGGCCAAGGCGGUGCCUACACUUUGAUGCCCACAUACCUCAACGGAGUUUGGAACAGUGGCGACAUCGACACUGAUGGUAACUUCUGGGUUGCGCAGUAUGGUAAAGGCUGGGCUAGAAUCGACGUGGAUCCAUCUUCGCCGACCUACGGCAAUAUUCUACAGACAGGAACCUCAACCCCAGCGAACAACAUCGCCGAUUGGUGCUCCGUCAAAGGUGGCGGUCGAUAUCUGUACUCUCUCCAGUCAGGAGCAAAUACAGUCCUGGCAAGAUGGAGCAUGGAUACCCAUACGUGGGAGACUCUUCAAAAUCUUGGCAAUAUCGCCGGCAGUAAUCUCUGGGGCGCUGCCUAUGCCGUGGGUACGAACCUCAUGUAUGCGUCUGAGAACAGUUCUGGUGUUAUCUAUCGCUUCAACAUCGCGACGGGUGCCAACUCGUUGGUUAUCCAGGGUCCGACAACGUCUCAGAACGAUGGUGCUCGUUGUAUCAAUGCUCCGGCUCCAGGAUCUGGGACAUAG